GAGGAGAUGAAUUGGCAAGAAAGGGGACGGCAUAGGCCGGAUUUGGGUAUGGAAGAUGAGCAGGCAGGGAGGAAAUGGGAGCUGAACCGACGGAGCGAGCCACCGCAGCAGCUCCAACCGUAAACGUUUUCGAGGUGUGCUCCUCACUGACACCGGCGUCGGUGGGCUCGGGGAGCCACAAAAAGUACAGGGCCGCGCUCAAGAAGGAGAAACGAAAGAAACGCCGUCAGGAACUCGCUCGAUUGAGAGACUCAGAAGCCUCACAGAAGGAGGAGGAAGAAGACACUUUAAUUGAAGAGCAACAACUAGAAGAGAAGCAGUUGGAGAGCGAGAGGCAAAAAUUACAUGAGGAGUGGUUGCUGAGGGAGCAGAAGGCACAAGAAGAAUUCAGGAUAAAGAAGGAAAGGGAAGAGGCAGCUAGAAAACGACAGGAAGAACAAGAGAGAAAGUUAAAGGCAGAAUGGGAAGAACAGCAGAGAAAAGAGAAAGAGGAGGAAGAGCAGAAGCUGCAGGAGAAGAGAGAAAGAGAGGAAGCGGUACAGAAGCUGCUGAAUCAGGCUGAAAAUGAGCAGUUGGAAAAUGGUACCAACUGGCAGAACCCAGAACCACCCACGGAUUUAAGAGUAAUGGAAAAAGAUCGAGCCAAUUGUCCAUUCUACAGUAAAACGGGAGCUUGCAGAUUUGGAGAUAGCCUGGCUUUAGUGCUGCAAUGCAGUGAUUCCAUGAAGGACAAAGGCAGUGAGUACUGGACAUUCUCUGCAAGAGGAAUACUCAGCUGUGUCCGAGAGGCCAUUAGGAUAGCCACACCAUUCAUUUACUGGCGUCCUUUGGCUAGGUGUUCACGUAAACAUAACUUCCCCACAUCGAGUUCCACCCUUCUUAUUAGAAGCAUGUUUACAACAUUUGGAAUGGAGCAGUGCAGGAGAGAUGACUAUGACCCCGAUGCAAGCCUGGAAUACAGCGACGAAGAAACCUACCAGCAGUUCCUAGAUUUCUACCAUGACGUGGUGCCCGAGUUCAAGAACGUUGGGAAAGUGAUUCAGUUCAAGGUUAGCUGCAACUUGGAACCUCAUCUGAGGGGCAAUGUCUAUGUUCAAUACCAGUCGGAAGAAGAAUGCCACGCAGCCCUUUCUCUGUUUAAUGGACGAUGGUAUGCAGGAAGACAGCUUCAAUGUGAAUUCUGCCCAGUGACCCGGUGGAAAAUGGCAAUUUGUGUUAGACUGGCUCGUUGGACAGUGGCAGCCGAACCAGGAAGUAAUUCAGCACCGUGUGGAGAGCAGCCAGCAGCUUCAAAGGCCUAGUCAUUCUCUGAUUUCUAAAAGUGGCCUUGGCCAAGGCAGUGUGAAAGUCCCCAGGUGAACAGGUAAUGCCUCAGGGAUGCAUUUGUCUUUCCCUUUACUUGUAUUUCUUUGCUCUAUGCUCUCACCUGCUGAAAAUGUCUUAGUAAAAACUAUAUAUAAUUUAUAAAGUCUGAAUUUUUAGUAGCUUUGUCUUAAUCGAUGCUGUCAUUUAAAAACCACUUUUUAUGAAGAGUGAAAAAAGAUUUUGGAAUUCCUUGGCUUAAGAAAACCAGAAGAACCCUUACAUCCUAAGUUUAAAAGCUCAGGAGAUGAAAGAGAUGGAAUUGUUUUAGCCAUAGAGGCAGUUACUUGUGCCAUUCCUGGGAAUCCAGUCAGUGAUUUCAGUGAGGUGCUUCUGAGUAUGGCUUGGACUGCCUCAAAACAGGACACUUGUUUUUUAACCACAGCUUUGUUAUGCUCAGUGAUUAAUGAUGUUGAACAUCUUUCUAUGUUCUUAUUAUUGGGCAUUUGUAUAUCAUCUUUAGAGAGAUGUCUGUUCAGAUCCUUGGUCCUUUUUUUUUGUUUUUUUUUUGGUACCGGGGAUUGAAUUUGGGUCCUUGCACUUGCGAGGCAGGCAGCAGAACCACUGAGCUAAAUCCCUGGCCCCCUUGGUCCAUUUUUCAUUUUUACUUAGGCUUUUUAUUGAGCCGUCAGAGUUCUCGACUUAUCCUGCAUACAAGUGCCUGAUCACAUUAUGAUCUACAAACUUUUCCCCUUUCUGUGCGCUUUUUACUUUGUGUCCUUUAAAGCCCAAAAGGUUUUGUGGAGCUUUUUUUUUUUUUUUGGCUUGUGCUUUUGAUGUCCUACCUAGGACUCUGUUGCUUAGCCCAGGCUCACAAAUAUUUACCUGUAGUAUGUUUUCUUCAGUUAAUUGCAUCUCUUACAUUUAGGUCUUUGAUACAGUUUGAGUUAAUUUUUGUGUAGUGUGUGUUGUAGAGAUAAUUCAUUUUUAAUUGUUUCACAUGUUUGGGGAAUUUGCUGUUUUGUUUUUUUUUUUCAAGUUUGAUCACCCCCAAAAGAUAAUAACUACUCAAAAAGAUCUGAGUAGUUCGAACAGAUUGAGCCUGACAAGAAUCUUCUCUAUUAAAAGCACUUUGUGAAUUUAAGGCCAGUGUUUAUCAUCUUGUUCUUAAAAUGUAAAGAAAAUGCAGCAUCCUCUGCCUAUCUUGGCCUUCUCUUUUGACCAGUAGUUCUGUCCCUGCAUUACCAUGUCCUCAAAGCAUGUAACCAUAUGGACCCUGAGGCCUGGUUCUUUAAUUUUAAUAAUGGAUGAAAAUGGUCAGAGUGCUGGAUGGUGACGCCUUAGGAAACAUAAUGUGGUCACUACAUUUUCUUCUGCACUCUUGAGCUACAAUAGGGACAUGGGGUAUUCUGGUUAAUGAAAACUUCAAAUUUAUUACCUUUCUGAGUGUCAUUUAUUAGAGCAUUUGAAUAUUUUUGGAAUUCUGGGAACCACACUAUUACUUUAUAUAAAUUUAUAUAAGCCCCUUUUAAUUAAUAAGGGAAGGCAAUAGUUGGAACCUAUCCAGCAUCAGAAGUACACCUUUGUAAAAGGGUGUCAUCUUCCAAACACAAAGGAGUGACUGUCGUUUCAUCACUGC